AUGGCGCCCAUUGAACGUAUCACCCUCUUCAAGAUCUCCGAUGAGGCGGGCCGGAUCCGUCUCCUGGAGCAAUACAAGGUUCUUGCGAAGACAGCUGUCAAGGAUGGAAAACCAUACAUCCUCGCUGCAGCGGUGGGGACUUCCUACCCCGACCCCCGGAACAAGGGCUUCAAUGUCUCGGUGAAGACAACGUUCGCUUCCUUGGAGGAUAUGAAGUACUAUGAUGAGGAGUGUGAGGCGCAUAAGGCGUUGAAGGCUGUGGCGGCGCCGGUGAAGGAGGAUGUUCUGACAACUUAUUAUGAGAAUAUUCUAUGA